UAUUUGACAUCUGGCUAUAACCUCCAAAAACUCGAUUGAAAUCGCAAUAAACACGUUGUUUUUGUUGUAGUUAUUAAAUGAAAACUCUUAAAAAAUGGGGAAGAAGACGAAAGUAGGAAAACAGCGGAAAGACAAAUAUUAUCAGCUUGCCAAAGAGACAGGUUUUCGUUCCAGAGCUGCAUUCAAGUUGAUACAAUUGAAUCGUAAAUUCGGGUUUUUACAAAAGUCACGAGUAUGCAUCGAUUUAUGUGCUGCGCCUGGAGGAUGGAUGCAGGUGGCGCAUCAGAACAUGCCUGUAUCAAGUGUUGUCAUCGGUGUGGAUUUGUUUCCUAUCAAACCAGUUCCUGGCUGUAUAGCUCUUACUGAAGAUAUUACUACAGAAAAAUGUAAAACUGCAAUAAAAAAGGAAAUCAAAACAUGGAAAGCUGAUGUUGUUCUCAAUGAUGGUGCUCCAAAUGUUGGUUUGAACUGGAUUCACGAUGCCUACCAGCAAGCCUGUCUAACUCUCAGUGCACUCAAGUUAGCUACAAAUUUCUUGAGGGAAGGAGGAUGGUUUGUCACUAAAGUAUUCAGAUCUAAAGAUUAUCAUGCACUUCUGUGGGUGUUGAAACAAUUUUUCAAAAAAGUCCAUGCAACAAAGCCCCAGGCUUCUCGUAAUGAAUCAUCUGAAAUAUUUGUAGUUUGUCAGGGUUAUAUUGCACCUGAUACAAUUGACCCUAAAUUUCUGGAUCCUAAACAUGUAUUUGAAGAUUUGGAUAUUGUUAAGAAACAGCAUUUGAAUAUAUUACACCCAGAAAAGCAAAAGAAAGCUAAAGCUGAGGGAUAUUUGGAAAAUGACUAUACCACACAUCACAAAGUACUACUUUCUCAGUUUUUGAGUCAAGAUUCGGACCCAAUCGAUUUGUUGCAGGGAUGCUCAGAGAUUGUGUUUGAUGAUAAAUCAGUAGAAGAACAUCCAAAAACCACAGCAGAGAUUAAAGAAUGCUGUAAAGAUAUUAAAGUUCUCGGGAGAAAAGACCUCAAGUCAUUACUCAGUUGGUUCAAACAAAUGAAAGAAUUUAAAGCCUCACAGGAAGUCAAAACAGAUGAUAAGGAAGAUGGUGAUGAGGAAACAAAGGUGGAGACAACUGAGGACAAUGAUGAAGAAGAUGACGUUGAUGCUGAGAUUGCUGGACUUCAGGAUGAAGAAAGACGUACCUCUAAACGGAAAAGAAAACAACUUAAUAAGCAAAGGCAAAAGUUGGCAGAGAAAAUGAAUUUGAAAAUGGUACUCAAAGGUGAUGGUGGGCCUAUUUUGGAGAGUAAUGAUAUGUUCAAAUUAUCAGAUAUCAAGAAUGCUGAGGAAUUAGCGCGUAUGGUGGACCAGCAGCCUGAUAUAGUGGUAGAUGGUGAUGAUGAUUCCGAUGAUGAGUUCAAAGUGAAGAAGAAGUUUGUCAAAUAUGAUACUGAGUCUUCUAAACUGGACUCUUCAGGCCUUUACUACAAAGAUUCAGACAGUGAACUUGAAAUGGAAUCUGACUCUGAUACUGAACAAGACAAGGAGACCUUAGCAUUUUCAGAUUCAGACACAGAAAAUAAAAAAGUGGCUAAACUAACAAAAUUAAAUACAUUAAAAAAUAGCAAAGUGGCCAAAACAGAUGUUAUACCGAAAAAUCAUCCUUUGUUGACUGACUUGGACAACACUGACCCAAUCUCCCGGCGGUCUAUGAAGGCUGAGCUAUGGUUUCAGAAAGAUAGUUUUAAGGACAUUGAUGAAGAUGACGAUGAAGGUGUUGAUUUAGAUAAGUUGGCUGAAACCCUCAAGGAAAAAGGCAAGAAGGUAGCAGAAGAUGGCAUGAUGGAAAAAGCUAAUGGUUUAAAAAGAAAACUGCAAGAUGAGAGUUCUGAUGAUGACUCAUCUGAUAGUGAUUAUGAUGUUGAGGAUACUGUUGCUCCUACGUCAGGAAAAGCAGGUGCAAAAGGUGCACAAAAAGAUGGAUUUGAAGUUGUUUCUCAAGAUCCAGACUUAAAGCGGCUGAAGAAAAAUCUCAAGAUGGAUGCCGAGACCCUCGCGUUAGGAACGAUGAUAGCAACGUCGAAAAAAUUCAAAAGAGAUCUUAUUGAUGACGGGUGGAACCGCUACGCUUUCAAUGACAAAAACUUACCAGAUUGGUUUGUAGAUGAUGAAAAGAAACAUAUGAAAAAACCAAUCAUUGUUCCUGAGGAAUACACUGAAGAAUAUAAAAACCGAUUGCAAGACAUAAACGCGAGGCCGAUAAAGAAAGUAAUAGAAGCCAAAGCACGGAAGAAGAAGCGUAUGAUCAAGAAGAUGGAACGUGCUAAAAAGAAGGUCGAAGCCGUAAUGGAAAAUGCCGAUAUGUCAGAGAGGGAAAAGGCGCAACAAAUUAAAACUUUGUAUAAAAAGGCGCAGACUGAUGGAAAGAAGAAAGUAACUUAUGUAGUCGCUAAAAAACACACUACCGCCAAAAGGAUGAAACGUCCUCAAGGAGUCAAAGGACAUUACAAGGUGGUCGACCCACGCAUGAAGAAAGACUUGCGCGCGCAAAAGGCUAAGGAGAAAACUAAAGGUCGCGGAAAAAAGGUCAGACCUUCCAAGAACAGUAAAAGUACGCCGCCUAAAAAGAAAGGCAAGAAAGCUAAAGCUAAAUAAUCAGGUGUAACUAAUUUAUACAGAUAGAAAAGAAGGUACUGCAGCUUUUGAAAGCAUAAUCAGUGUUUAACAGUAGACAGCAAAUUGAUAAUGCUGUUUAUAACUUUCGAGGAGUUAAAAAAAAAUACUUUGAAUCUAGGUAACAUUGUUUUUAAUAUGACGUGCCAACUUUUUUGUCUAAAAGCGCUAUUGUGUAUAUUUACAUAUUAAUUAAAUAUAUGCGAAAUA